AUGGAGAAAAGGUCCUUGAAGGAGAUACAGUCUCUGAAGGAGAGGAUGGGGGCACAGCUGAAGGAACUAAACCUGAACCCUAAAACACAAAAAAAAUCGAAAAAAGCAGUGAAGGGAUUCACAGACUUUAUACAGAACAAGGAGACAGACAACAGCUACGAUAAUAAAGAGAUGUUGUUGGCGCUAGAGAAGGAGUACAUUGACGCAGCAAAAAUAAAUGAUGUACAGACCAUGAAGCUUCUGGGGAGGGCAGUCAAUGUCGACGCAAAGAACUUGGUGGGACUGAACAUCAUGCACUGUGCUGCCAUCAACAACCACACCGACAUCGUGACGUUCAUUAUCUACGACUUGAUGAUGAAAGAACUGGACAAAGAGGACCUGUCUGGACACAGGGCGUUUGCGUCGGCAGCAGAGCAUGGCUCUGUUGAGAUGCUGCAGAUGUUGAUGGAGGAGGCAUACAAUAUGGCCACCAUGGAGGAAGACCAGAAUGGGGACACACCUCUGCACUUGGCUGCCAGCAAUGGCCAUUUGGAUGCCGUCCAGCUACUGUUGAAGAGCUUUGAUACUCGUGAUGAAGUCAAUAAGCUUGGGGAGACGGCUCUGUACCUGGCUGCUGACGCUGCCCAUGAGGACUGUGUCCAGGCUCUGUUGGAGGCAGGCUGUGACCCAAACAUUGUCACCAUGGGCCAAAGCAGUGCUCUACACCCUGUCUCAGAGAAGGGCCACACGUCGUUGGUGAAACUCCUGAUAGAGAACACGGCCCAGAUGGACUUACAAAACCAGCACCUCCAGGCUCCUCUCUACCUGGCAGUGAAGAACUGUCACAUCCCUGUCAUCCACACACUGCUGGAGGCUGGCUGCAACAUCAACAUCACUGAUCACAGGUCCCAGACUGUCCUGCAUGUGGCAGCAGAGCUGGCCAGAGUGGACAUUGUUGACAUGCUUCUGAAAGCUGGGAUGGACCUGACCCUCCAGGACAAGCAGGGUAAGACAGCACUGGGUGUGGCAGCCCGAGCAGACGAGGUCAUCAUCGUGGACAUGAUCAUCAAGGCAGAGAGAUAUUUCACAUGGAGGAGGGCCAACACUGAGCUUAAUGAGAACCUUCACAGCCAGUCUCCGCUGACGUUUAAAUUAGACCAUCGCGCGGAGAGCAAACAUGUCCGCGGUACCGCCUGGCACCUGGCCUACCGCCUGCUGGAGCCGGAUGACUGGAAGAGGCUGGCGCUGCACUGGCACUUCACCGAGCAGCAGGUGGCUGCCAUCGAGGAGCAGUGGACAGGGAAGCGGAGCUACCAGGACCAUGGGAACAGAAUGGUGUUGAUCUGGCUCCAUGGGUCAGAGCUGGCCCAGUUGAAUCCAGCUAAAGAGCUGUACCAGGGCCUGCUUGCCAUAGACAAAAAGACCGUAGCAGGUAUAGUGUAUCCAUGA